AUGGGCUCCUUGCGUAUUCCCUCUGCCGGACCGGGCAACAACCUCUUCAAGGAUGGCUACAACGUCAGUCAGCCCCUCGGCGCUUCCUCGUCGCAGCCGUGAUCUGCUCGUGCUCGCGUCGCGCCACAUUCCGCACGAGCAUCCCGACUGAUUCCCCCGCUCUUCUCUCACACAGAUGCACUCCGGUAUCGAGGAAGCUGUCAUUCGGUAAGCUUUCGUGGCACCUCGUCACCUCUGCUCCCAUGGCACACACUGGCUCGCACUCGACGACGGCGACGACGACGACAACGACCUCCACGGCCAAGCUGACGCGCGCCUGAUCGACCCCUGAUCACUCGAUUACUCACACCCACAGCAACAUCCACGCCGUCGUAGAAUUGGCAGAGAUCGUCAGGACGUGAGCAAUUCAACGAAACCAGCUUCACUUGCCUCACCUCAGUGACUGACCCCACCUACCCUGCAUGGAUGGACCUAUCUCGCGACCCUUUUCCCUCGGCGCAUCCCUCAGUUCAUUUGGUACGUGACAUCGCAGCCACCAACACUCUGAUGAUCCCUAUCCUAACCUCCUCACUCCUCACCGCAGGCCCCAAUGGACGCAACAAGAUGGUCAUCAACCACCUCGAACGUCUCUUCGUCACCUCGGACGCGGCGACCAUCAUCCGCGAACUCGAGGUCGUGCACCCCGCCGGCAAGGUGCUCGUCAUGGCCUCGCAGCAACAAGAGGCCGAGAUGGGCGACCGCACCAACCUCGUGCUCAUACUUGCGGGCGAACUGCUUCGCAAGGCCGAAUACCUCUUGACGAUGGGGCUUCAUCCGAGUGAGGUCGUGCUGGGGUACGAGAUGGCCCGCGACAGGGCGAUCGAGGAAUUGGAGAGUCAGUGCCCUUCUCUCUGCUGUGGCGGUGUCAGCUUUGCGGCGAUCCACUGACGAACCCCAUCUGGUCAAACAGAGCUGUCGAUCCGAACGCUCGAAACACCUUUGACCGACGCCAGUCUCCAACUCGCGCUCAAGCCGACGCUCGCUUCCAAGCAGUACGGAUCCGAGGACCUCCUGUCCAAACUCGUCGCCGAGGCCGUCAUGGCCGUCAUGCCCAAGAACCCUAAGAACGUGGGUCAACUAUGCAUGCCAGACACACAGCUUGGAGUGUUGCUAAGACUGCAUCAUUGGGUCGACAUCCACAGUUCAACGUCGACAACGUCCGAGUCGUCAAGAUCCUCGGAGGCGGUCUGUCGCAAAGCCGAGUCGUGCGCGGUAUGGUCUUUGGUCGCGAACCAGAAGGGACCGUGCUCAAGGCCGCCAACGCCAAGGUCGGCGUCUUCACCUGCGGGAUCGACAUUGCGCAGACCGAGACCAAAGGAACGGUCCUGCUCAAGAACUCGGAGGAGUUGCUCAACUUUUCCAGAGGGGAGGAGAAGCAUAUGGAAAAGGUGCGCCCCCCUGGUGGUGACGAAUGAGUAUGAUUCAUUCAAGAAAACUGAUCGACCGCGCACUACAGAUCUUCCAAGAGCUCGCUGAUUCGGGAUUGAACGUCGUCGUCGCUGGCUCGUCGAUCGGCGAACUCGCGCUGCACUACCUCAACCGCCACGGCAUCCUCGUCAUCAAGGUCCUCUCCAAAUUCGAUUUGCGACGAUUGUGCCGCGUCGUCGGCGCGACCCCGCUCGCGCGUCUCGGAGCCCCGACGAUCGACGAGAUGGGUCAAUGCGACAUCGUCGAAACGGUCGAGAUCGGGGGCGAUCGCGUCACCGUGUUCCGUCAAGCCGACGAGGCGACCCGAACGGCGACCGUGGUGGUGCGAGGUGCGACGACGAACCAAAUGGACGAUAUCGAACGAGCGAUCGACGACGGCGUCAACGUCGUCAAAGGGAUCCUCAAGGACGCUCGUCUCGUCGCCGGUGCGGGCGCGACCGAACUGGAACUCGCCAAACGAAUUGCCGAGAUUGGUGAAAAGACCCCUGGGUUGGCUCAACAUGCGAUCAAACGUUUCGCCGAUGCGCUUGAGGUCGUCCCGCGAACGUUGGCGGAGAACGCGGGGCUGGACGCGACGGAGACGUUGAGUCGGUUGUAUGCUGCUCAUCAAGCUGAUGAGAGAGGGGUCAUUGGUGUCAAUAUCGAAGGCGAGAAUGGUGGUUUGAUCGACGCGGAGAAGCACGAGAUCUUUGAUUUGUUGGCUGCGACACGGUGGGCGUUGAGGUAUGGGACUGAUGCGGCCGUGUCGGUUUUGAGGGUCGAUUCUAUCAUCAUGUCGAGGCAAGCGGGUGGACCGGCAGCACCAAAACAAAACCCCAACUGGGACGAGGAUUAA